AUGUCAAAUGAACUUGUUCAUAUUAAACAAUUAGGAGACAAAUAUUUUGUGUUUAAUGUAAAAGACGUUGAAAAGUUGCGUUGUCAGUAUCGAAUUGUAGGAUCGCUGCAAGGCACCUUGCCUCAAUUUCCUCUUCAAAACACUUUUUAUGGUUUACCGUUACUUUUAUUGCCUGAAGAAGUAUGUUUGCUCGUGAAAAAAGACUUUGCUACUGUGGACAACAAAAUAUCUGAAACACUGAGGUCUAUGGUAUUCGAGUAUUUUUGGUCAAAAGGUUUUUAUCUUACCAGUGGAAUCAAGUUUGGUGGUGAUUUCUUACUUUAUCCCGGUGAUCCUAUGUGUGUCCAUAGUGAGUACAUCGUACAAACUGUUGAUUCGGAAGAGGAAAUUGCUUCACUAGAGCUUGUCGGAAUGGGUAGACUGGCUACCAAUGUUAAAAAAACCUUUGUGUUGGCGUCAAUCAUGAAUGAAAUGAUGACAUAUUAUUCAAUUGAGUGGGCGGGAUUCUGA